GUAAGAGCAGGGGACAGAAUGAUGCUAUUCUGCAGAAGUUCUCGCACCCGCAUCAUCAUCAUCAUCAUCAUUUUCACACUUCUCAAACUGAACUUCUUGGCAUGUGUGGAGAUGACAGCAUGUCGGGGUUGGAGCGCGUCGUCACUAAACACCACGACUGAACCGAAAUGACCAGAAGGGAACCCAGCUGAUCACGGGCAAACUUUCGGUUUGGGGAGCGGAUUCGAACGUGAGAAGGGAUCGAUCGGAUCACCUGUCCAGGCUGGGAUGAGAUGCCAUGGGAGAUUUCUCAUUCUCACAGGUCUGCUGUGUGGAGGGCUGGUAAUCCAGAUCUCCUGGCAUGCCACAAAAGACGAUACCACACCUGACCAAUUUGACAAGGUUUACUGGAGGCUGAUAAAAGCUGAGCAGCGUGGAGAGGAACUAUCAUACAAACUGCUUCAAAUGUUGGCGAAACUAAAAACCCUAAACAACACUGUUGCUAAUCAGACUAUCACCAACUCCUCAAGGAACUCCUCAGUUUCCCUUCCAGCUAAACAUUUUUUGUCUCCACAACCCUGCGCUCUCCUGUACCUGCCCCACCUGAAAGAGAACCAAGACAGCCUGCAGCCGAGAGUUCACCUGGGACAGGGACGCAGCGGAGUGUCUCUAGUGUUAGGGAUCCCCACAGUGCACAGGCAGAAGCAGAGUUAUCUUGUGAACACGUUGAGCUCUCUCCUUUUCGAUCUCACACCUGAACAGAAGACGGACAUCCUCAUCAUCAUCUUCGUCGCAGAGACAAGCAUCACAUUUGUGAACAGUGUAACAAAAAGCGUCCAAGACAAUUUUCCAGAUGACGUGAAGUCUGGACUUGUGGAAUUAAUCUCCCCUUCUCCGUACUACUAUCCAAACCUGUCCAAUCUGAAGGAAACGUUUGGUGACUCAAAAGAGAGAGUGAAGUGGAGAACUAAACAAAACCUGGACUACAGUUACCUCAUGCUGUAUGCUCAAGACAAGGGGAGAUACUACAUUCAGUUGGAGGAUGACAUUGUGGCCAAGUCAGGAUACAGCGAGUCUAUAAUGGACUACAUCAAUAAUGUAAACAGUGAACAAUGGCUUUUCAUGGAGUUCUCACAACUGGGCUUCAUAGGGAAGCUUUUCCGGGCUUCAGACUUGCCCACUAUUGUGGAUUUUUUUUUGAUGUUUCACAAAGAUAAACCCAUCGACUGGCUGCUGGAUCACAUCCUCUGGGUCAAAGUGUGUAACCCAGAGAAGGACAGUAAACACUGCAACAAUGAGAAAGCAAAGCUGAAGCGCACUUUCAAGCCGUCGCUGUUUCAGCAUGUGGGUGUGCACUCCUCCCUGCCUGGCAAAAUACAGAAUCUGAAGGAUAAAGAUUUUGGGAAGCAGGUCCUGUAUAAAGCCCACCAUAACCCCCCUGCCAUGCUGAGCAGCAGUUUGAUGUUCUAUCAGGGCCAUUCUCUGGACAGGGCUUAUCAAGGUGAAGACUUCCUCUGGGCUUUAACACCCAGCAAAGGAGAUUACAUCCUGAUCAGGUUCAACACACCUCAAAACGUUAAAAGGUACCGCUUUAGAAGUGGAAAUAUCGAGGCGAAUGGAGAUAAGUUCUACAACACCACCGUACAGGUGCUGCCGAGUGAUGUUUCUGUAAGGGAGCGUGCAGACCAAGGAUUGCUCCCAUGCUGCAAACCUUCCUCUGACGGCUUCAUCGUAAUUGACUCUUUUGUAAACGGAAUAGCAGAAGGACCAAUCGACGAAGAGCUACACGACUUAGACGCCAUGCGUCUUCUUGUUCACGCCACGUCAGAUGUCUGGGUCGUCCUGAGUGAAAUUUUCAUUCAAGUUUGAUGAACUGCGCAUUGAGGAAAAAGCCAACAUUGCAGCAGCUCAUCUCUCUCUGAGCAACAGCGCCCCCAAUGGCCAAAAAAAGAACACAAGAAGAGUUCAGGAACAAGCACAUCCUUCACGUUUCUGAUUUGUGGAUUGCUCAUGUGGCUUUGUGUUUGUGUUCCAACCAACAAAACAGAGCAACAGCACCUGAGGAAUGAGCCAUCUCAACUUCUCAACUGACUUAUAAUUCGAGCAGGAACUUGAUAUCAUGUGAACACUUGAACCUUUUCGAUCGUUUUACACAUUCGUUUGAGUCUCUGCUCACAUCUGUGCUACAUUUGCACAAGAAGAGACUAAAUUUACAUAGAUAUUGAUAGAUAUAGAUUUAUAUAUAUAUAUAAUUCUAUUUUUGGUACAUGAUAAGAUUUUGUUCACUGUGGAGAUGUUUUAUAUGGAGAUAUAUAUACCGUAUAUAUAACAGAAUCGUGCUCCAAGCCACUGAACACAUUGACCGGAACAUUCGACUUGAAUCUUGAAUCUUUUUUCUUUUUCUCGACUCUCAUCGAUGUUCAAAACAAAUGAGUGUGAGUUUGAGUACACGGAAAGACACGUGUAUGAACAAAUCUGCACCUGAUUCAAAAACAAUCCCUUGUUUACAUGUCAUAUGCAUACAGCGCACGCCAGUUUAGCCUUAUAUACAUGUUAUUUCCAUGAAACACACCCUAACUUAUGAAAGUGUAGCGACAAUCAUGAGCCAAUAAAAAGAAAGUAUUCGGCAGGCUCCUCCAUGAUCCCAGGAAAGAAGUAAACAGGAAGGAGAAGAAGGAAAGAAGUCAAUACAUUUCAGUGAAACUGACUUCGAGGUACUUGAUAAGAAAUUAUAUUUAUAUGAAUUUCAUUCAUUUUAAUUGUAUCACAUUAAAUAUUUUGGGGGGGUUCUCUCUUUUUUUUCUUGUGUAUUACAUUCAGGUUUUUUAAUUUUCUAGGAGUAAGAUUUGUCGAUAUAUAUAAUAUUGUCAAUUACAGGCUACAUUUUUAAGAAUUGCAUGCCUAAAUGCCAGAUCCAGAUUAGUCCAAACGCCAGGAUUCCCAAGUAAAAGUCGACGCUUUUUUCUUUGGCCAUCAUAGAAUGGCCAAAGAAAUGAACAAGAAGGACACUCAGUAGAGUGCAUACCUCUGCCAAGUCACAUAUUUGGAAUUACAUCAAAAUCUAAUCAAUUGUUCCUAGACCAAUGGCCCACUGUUCCUCCAAAUUUCAUCCAAAUCUGUUCACUACUUUUUGAGUUACGUUGGGAAAAGACAAACAAACAAAACAUAACCUCCUCCAAGAAAGUCGGUGGAGGUACAAACAGUUUUUGUGUUCUCUUCAAGUAGCUAGUUUUCUCCGGCAAUGCAUAACUGCGUAGCUAAUAACACAAAGGUUAUGCUAGCAUUAGUGUGCUGGUAAGUGUUAGCAGCUAACGCUAAGGUCACACGUUGCCGGUUGAUCUGUGAGAAGAGAACUGUGGCUGGAGGUCCCAUGGCCAUACUGGCAGAUUUUGAAGGUGAUCUGUUGCAUAAAUUUGCAUGGAGUAAAUAUGCAAAUGAAGUCACAGUAGCCAUGAUUGGAGACGCUGGUAAACCUAAUGGUGGCAGCGGCGUAUAGCGAUGUAUGGCCUUACGGUAUUGACGGUAGUGUGUACGGUUUUCAUGGCUGCAGUGUGGCAUAGCCACGGCAAGACAAGCCACACCCCCGAGGCAAACUUUUCACUUUCUGCAGAAUGUUGUUCCAUGAACAUUUUGAGCUCGAUGGUUGUGACAGAAUGCUACGGUAACCUCCAGUAUCCCAUGUAAGCCUCAUGUAUGCCUUCAUGGUUGCAAUGGAUGAAUUCAUCCAACGUUUGACCCACGGCAAUUUUCAACAUGAGAAAACUUUCCAGAGAUGAAAGCCACACCCUCUCGGUUGUCAAGGUAGCUCUCCGGUUCUCACAUAUUCCGACAGAAGGGUCUGGAACGCCCUUCCGGUAUGGUUGACCCUCGGAAGGCUCAAAAUCAUCUACCAUGAAGUGAUUACAGAUAUGUGAGACCUUAGCUUUAUAACCAAAGUUAGCAGUUUAUCCUGAAUGUCGCUAAUUCAGCAGAACAAAAUUUUAGACGUAUUUACUGAACCUCUUCAGUUCAUAUCCUUUGUUCCGACUCCAGUUAACUUGACAUGUCUCUUCACUUCACUUCAGGAAGAUGUGAGCGAGACAGAUUAGAUCAAUUCUACGUUCGACCACUCUGAAAUUGUUUACUUUUCUCUGGGAAACUAAAUUAGAAUUUACGCUUUUGAUUUUUUUUUUUCGUCUUCAGAUCUCAACACCAUAGCCAUGCUUUCACAUUACAGUAUACAUUUUUGAAGGCAACAUCACAGAGAAGAAAUAUUUUUUUAAUGUAAUGUGUACAAAAUUCAAAUAUCCGUAAUCCAAAAUCCAAGUUCCACAUUUUUGUCCAAAAUUUAUGCAAAUAGAAAUGACACUUCCAGACGUUU